AUGAUUAGAAGGCUUCGUGGUGGAAAUAAAAACAUUGAAAAUAUACCAAUUCAGAACAAAAAUGGUGAUCUUCUUACGAACUCUACUGAUAGAUUGUUUCGGUGGCGAGAAUAUCUCCGUGAAAUUUUGAGCGUCCAUAUUAUUGUUGAUGGAUCGAUUAUUCAACAAAUUGACGUACCAUCGAUUCCAAAAACAGAACAAGAUCGGCAAGAUAAAUCGCCGCCACUUGUCGAGGUCAAAGAAGCCAUGAAACAAAUGAAAAGUAGAAAGGCACCAGGAAACGAUGAUACAACAGCAGAUCUUUUGAAAGCUGGAUGUCUGCCAAUAGUUACAUGGCUCCAUAAUAUAUUUGUUGAUGUCUGGAAAAAUGAAGAAAUGAUAGAAGAUUGA